UUUAUUCUGUAUGGCCACUAGCAGUUAGAUAUGAGUGGGCGCCUCUUUAGUAAACGUCGAAGGGAAGAAUCGGCCCCAUUAUUUGACGAAGACGAAUUUACUCGAUCUUAUUACGACAUUGAAAAACAGCUGAAUGAAAGCAACGAUGCAAACAAUACUGAAACAGGUCGGCCUGCAGAAGUUAUAGGCAUGACUUCACCAUCCAACGAUAUGUCUUCAAGGGUAGAGGUUAUUCCUCAAGACAAUGAUGCCAAACAUAAGAAGGCACUGAUAGGGUUAUCGCUUACAGUUGUUAUUCUCAUCGUGUUAUGCGUAUGCCUGGUUUACGUUCUGUUCAGCUUGAAAAAAACUAACGAAUAUUUGAACCAAUUCAAUCAAUGCGUCAGAAGAAAUCAAUCUGGAGACAGAGCAUGUCAGACAUGUGCAAGAAAAUGCCUCACGCCAUCCGACGACUGAACUGAACGAACUUAUAGCAAUAUUUGUAAGAAACAGUCGAUUAAAUUAUUAAAUCUGUUCUGGACCCACCGAGUCACGACAUGAGCAAUUCAAUU